UUGCGACGUCGUAUUGUCCCACUCAAAAGUCGCUUGAUUAUUCUGCCAAGUUCCAACCACUACUAGACUACUCGUGCUCUGUUUUGCUCCGUUUACCAUCCGGCGACACCUGAUCGCUUCUUAUCUUUUAUUUCUCCAAAGUUUGUCACAAUGAAGACUGGGAAGGGCAAGGGGGCAGUGAAAAAGGACACAAAAGAAGCAUUGAAGCCUGUCCAUGAUAGAGGAGUUGGGAAGAGAAAGGCAGUCUUCAAGGCAGAUCAGAGUAGUAAAAGGAAGGCUAAGAAGGAGAAAAUAGCCAAGAAAGAUCCCAAUAAGCCUAAGAGGCCCCCUAGUGCCUUCUUUUUAUUCCUUGAAGAGUUCAGAAAUACAUUUAAGAAGGAACAUCCUGAUGUUAAGGCCGUCUCAGCUGUUGGGAAAGCUGGAGGGGCAAAGUGGAAAUCCAUGACUCCAGCGGAUAAAGCUCCAUAUGAAGCUAAAGCUGCAAAGAGGAAGUCUGAGUAUGAGAGGCUUAUAAAUGCCUACAACAAGAAGCAGGAAAGCUCAGCUGAUGAGGGUGAGGAGGAAUCUGAGAAGUCCAAGUCUGAAAUUCAGGAUGACGAAGAAGAGAGUGGGCAGGAUGAGGAGGACGAAGAAGAAGAAGAAGAUGACGACGAAGACAAUGACUGAAUCAGAAAGGGGGUGUUUUUGGUGUUUUGAAAUAAAUAUAAUGUACUAUAUCUUUUGUCCUUUGCUUUUGUCAUGCUAGAUUACCCGACUGAGAGUAUAGGUUGGUAUACAAAUGAAUUGAUCAUAAGGGGAACCGGGCCUCAUGAAAUUGCCUACGCUACUAGCAGGAUGCAUGUGUAUAUAUGUACACAAACAUACAAGUCGACACCUUAUUGGCAGUAUUUUUUUUUGCCUUUUUUUUUUGGGGGUACAAUGUCAGUGUGUAAUUUACUUGGCUUCGCCUACUAAUGCAAGAGUUAUUUAUUUCUUGGGUUGA